AUGUCUUCUCCAUACUCUCCUUCGGAGGAGAAGGUCAAGGCCGACUCCUACAAGGGUGACAUCGUAGCCACCCUCGAGGAUGGCGUCGGCCGCAACGACGUCAACGCCUUUGACCAGCGCAAGGGUGAGGAGCUCAAGCACGCUCUCCUCCCUCGUCACAUGGCCAUGAUUUCCAUCGGCGGUGUCAUCGGCACAGGUCUCUUCCUCGGUACCGCCUCGUCCCUUCACAACGCCGGCCCCCUCGGUCUCUGGCUUGGCUACCUCGUCAUGGGCUCCGUUUGCUACGCCAUGAUGAUGUGCCUUGGUGAGAUGAUCUCUUACCUUCCCGUCCCCGGUGGUCACAUCAAGCUCAGCGAGCGUUUCGUCGGCAAGCCUCUCUCCUUCGCCAUGGGUUGGAACUACUGGUACAACUGGGUCAUCGUCCUCCCCGCCGAGCUUUCCGCCGCUGCCGUUCUCAUGUCUUACUGGUCCGAUGCCAACCCUGCCAUCUGGAUCUCGGUCUUCCUUGUCCUCGUCGUCGCCAUCAACCUGCUCGGCACCCGCGCCUACGGUGAGGCCGAGUUCUGGUUCGCCUCGAUCAAGAUCAUCACCAUCGUCGGCCUCAUCAUCCUCUCCAUCUGCAUCGACCUCGGCGUCGGCAAGCAGGGACGCCUCGGCUUCCGCUACUGGAAGAACCCCGGCCCCUUUGUCCAGUACAACAAGAUCGAGGGAUCCCUCGGCCGCUUCCUCGGCUUCUUCUCCGUUCUGGUCAACGCCGCAUUCAGCUUCAUCGGUACCGAGAUCGUCGCCAUCGCCUCCGCUGAGGCCAAGAACCCCCGCAAGUCGGUCCCCAGUGCCAUCCGCAAGGUUUGGAUCCGUAUCUGCCUCUUCUACUUCCUCGGCACCUUCAUGAUCGGCCUCGUCUGCGCCUCCAAUGCCCCCGAGCUCACCAAGGGUGCCAAGACUGCCUCGCGCUCGCCCUUCGUCGUGGCGAUCAACAACGCAGGCAUUAAGGCCUUGCCCAGCAUCGUCAACGCCGCUCUUGUUACUUCAGCUGUCUCGGCCGCCUCGUCGGAUCUCUUCACUUCGAGCCGCGCCCUCUACUCGCUCGCUAUCGCCGGUUCGGCUCCUCGUAUCUUUGCCCGCACCACCAAGCGCGGUCUUCCUUACAUCGCUGUUGCCGUCUCGGUCGCCUUCUCUGCGCUCUCGUACAUGUCGGUCCAGGCCGGUGCCAGCACUGUCUUCGGCUACUUUGCCAACAUGACCUCGAUCGCCGGUAUGGUUACCUGGUUCUGCAUUGGUAUCAUGUACCUGCGCUUCAACAAGGCGAUGAAGGUGCAGGGCAUGUCGCGAGACGUGCUUCCCUACAAGGCCGCCCUCCAGCCCUUCUGCGGUUGGUGGACUGUCUGCUCGACCUUCAUCGUGAUGCUCUUCAGCGGAUGGUCGAUCUUCCUCAAGGGCAACUGGUCCACCUCGGACUUUAUCACCAACUACAUCCCCAUCCCCUUCUUCAUCAUCCUCUACCUCGGCAACUGGUUCUACAACCGCAACAACGGCGCCCACAUCCCCGCCUCCGAGGUCGACCUCACCACCGGUCUCCGCGAGAUCCUCGAGGCCGAAGAGCCCGAGGAGAAGCCCACCACCGUCAUGGGCAAGGUCUGGCACUUCAUCUCCUAG